ACAAGUCUCCAUCAGUAAAUUCUAAUAACUUUUGUAAUAAUAGAGAAGAAUUGUAUAAAUUUCGCACCUAUGUUCUGACACUCAAUAAGGGACAGGAAAAAUGCUCAAUUUUUUCCCUUAUCUGGGUAUAGAUAGUGGACGGUAUUUAUCGAAACAAUUAAAGAUACAGGAACUAGAUUGAGCAAGGUUUAGAGAUUAGAUCCCUGGAAGGGUUGGAGAGUUGGAACAAACCCUUUCUCAACAUCUGUAGGAUCAGUUUCAAACCCAAGGUUUGAGGAACGAUGGACAAGGAAGAGAAGGCGGAUAACUAUGAAAAUGUCAACAUGGAUAUGUCGGACGGGUCGGACAACGAGAUGUUUGCCUGCAAGGACGAGUAUAAAGCCUUCAAAAACCAGUUCUCCAGUAAACCCAAACCUAAGGAGGAGAUUAACGAGUAUGGAGGAGAUUCAGAUGAAACUAGUUCCAGGCAGGGAAUACAGUUUUCGGGACAGAAGGGAGUAGAGGGGGGUAGUGAGUACGGCGGAGGUAGCGAAUAUGGCGGAGGCAGUGAAUACGGCCCUGUUGCUGCCACAGCUUCAGUUGGAUAUAAGAAUCCGAACACAUAUCCUGGAUAUCAUCAGGAUAGGAAAGGAAGACCAGGGUUUGGAAGAAAAUCUCCAAGUCCUAAACCUACUCCAGCCAAAAUUGAGAAAGAACCGAAAUUGUAUAAGGACGAAGAAAAGAAACGAUCUAGAUCUAGAGAACGGAAGGAUAGAAAAACUAGAUCAAGGUCUAGAUCAGGAGAACGAAAAAAAAGAUCCCGCUCUAGAUCUCGAGGUAAUGGAAGGUCAAGAUCUAAAGACAAGGGGAAGGAGAGGAGGAGAUCAAGAUCCAGAGAUAAGGGAAGGGACAGGAAGGAUGACUAUAGGAGAGAUCACGACGGGAAGGAUAGAAACAGUUGGAGGAAGGACGAAGUAGAUGGAAGGAGGGAUGGAGGGGAUUGGAGGCGUGCUGGAGGAAAUGACCGUGGUUGGAGGGGAGGAAGGGAUAGGAGAGGAGGAGGAUCAGAUUGGCACAGAAGGGACGAGAACAGAAGGAACGUUGAAGAUCAGAUGAAGAAGGUUGAAGAGAUGGGUGUGGAGAUGCCUAAAUACUAUAGACCGGGAGCUGUAAACCCGGUCAGCUAUGCGGAGCAGGUUCAGAAGAGGAAAAUGCUCUGGAAAAAGCCUGGGACUGAUGAUGAUGAGAAAGUAUCCCAAGCUGUCGCACCAACUGCUCCUGCAUCGGCUCCUGUUAAAACUUCAUUCAAUAAAUGGGAAGCAACAAACUUUGGAGACGAGGGGACGACGGAGAAAUUCCGUCGAUUGAUGGGAAUAAAAGCCGCGCCAAAACCUGAAGAGUUCCAAGAGGUGGAUGAUGCCCCGGGAACGAAUGCUGUCAAGAUUAUGAGUGAUUUGGAGAAAAAUUACGAGCAGGCCAGACAACAGACACAUCGUAACCGAGGAAUUGGUCUCGGGUUCUCCAGCAGUGAAGGAAUCUUUAAUUCUUCAACUCCGUCCUAUCCUCCUGUUCCUAUGGCCGGCCCACCUAGACCACAGAUGGGGCCUGCCAGUGUUGCUCGCCCAGGAUACGGGAUUAAUUUUGUAAAAAAGAAUAUGUCAAGUAUACAUGAACUAGAGAACCUGGAGAGAGAGAUGAGCCGGGUUCUCGUCUCAGAUGAGAAGUAUUGGAGGGAGAAUGAUGCCAAGUUCAGAGCUGUGGCACAAAAUGUAACUUACGAACAGUUUGAGGAUAUUGUGAAAACAUCGCAUUUAAAAAGUUUGGAUAAGAAAGACAAGUCUCCUAAUCCUAAAAGUAAACCUAGUAUAUGGAACUCUAUCUCUCUUGCCGGAAAGAAGUCCAGCGCCGAAACAGUAAACACAGCCUUGCAAGAGAAACCCGGACACCUUGUUAAAUCAUCGGUAAAAAAUAUUGACGAGUUCUACUCACUCUGGAGAUAUCUGGAGAUAGAAGAACGGAUAGAUUUUAUCUCAGAGCUAGGAGAGGAUAACGUAGGACGGAUAUUUCAGACAGAGAUUCCUCCAGAACUAUUGGGAGAGAUGCUCCACUCCUUCCUUGCCUUCCGUCCUACAACUCAAGAUAUAGCCGCCAUUGUUAAAACUUUAAUUUUUGAGCGGAUUCUAACAGGUUUAUUCGUAGGAAGUCAGCUGAUAGAGAAACUGCUAAGCUGCUUAUCUGACCGUCAGCAGGACCUAGCUGACCUUGGGGUCACCGAGUACACUAUACAUGCUGCUGCUGAGAAGCUGAAUAUAUCAACUAAAAUGGAGGUUAGUAUUGAAGGACGAGCACGAGGUAGAGCUCGUGGUAAACCUAAAUCAGAAGAAGAGAAACCUAAACCCUUAGGACGGGGACCCUCAGCUAAGAAAUCUUUAAUCAGAGCUCAACCUGAAGAGAGUAAUAGAGAACCUGACCUUCUCAGUAGACGGAGAGAUCAGAGACCUGAGAGAGACGGAUAUAUUACUGAGAGAAGAAACGACCGGGAACGUAAGUCGGCUAAUUAUUCUGAUGGACGAUGUGAACUGAAAACUCGUCAAACACCAGCGCAGGACAGAGAUAUUCUUUCUCGUCACAAUCGUCCAGGAGCUGAAACGUCAGCGGAUUUUCGUCAUGAGGGACGAUCUAUACAAAGACAUGAAUUGAGACGAGAGCAAUCUGAUCAAAAACCUGGAAAAGGUGGAAGACACCGAACUCACCACCAGGCAGAAGGGUUUACAAGAGAACAUACAAACAAUGAUUUGACGACACAAUCUGAACGAAUGAAAGAUAACCUGAAAAUUACGGUUUACCAGGGAAGGGAUUCCCGGAGAUUAACUCAGCAUGAAGUUGAAGAUGAGGAUGAACCUCGUCGGAGAGAGGAUCGGAGGUUUCCCUCCACUCGAGGAGGAAGAAUGGAUCGGGGAAAUUUUCAUGGAAUGGAGAAAAAUUUUGAUAAAAUGACUGUCGGAGAUGGAUUUCGAGGACGAGGCAGGGGAGGAGCGACGGGUAGAGGACGCUCCGAUCAGAGAAGAAAAAAGGAUCCAGAGUUCGAUACUGCACAUACCCGACCUACUCACCUGGUCUCAAAACUUGGUGAUUCCGGAACCCCAAUCCUUCUCACUUCGAACUAUUUUGAGCUUGAACGUCGACCUGAUAUUCGACUUUUUCAGUAUCGAGUCAUCUUCUCACUAGAGGAGGAUCGUACUUUCGUCAAGAAAGCGUUACUCCGACAGAACCAGGAUCUGCUACCCCAUUAUAUGUUUGAUGGAACCUGGAUGUUCUGUUUUAUAGAACUAUAUCCGGCUAACUCCGAUCCCCUAGUCCUCCACUCAACUCGUCUUAACGGAGAUGGAAGUCAGGAUUCAUGUAGGAUUACGAUCAGAUUGAUUGGCGAGGUUGCGAAAGCAGCAAGUAAUUAUCUUCAACUCUUAUCUAUUAUUAUGCGACAAAUCAUGGAGAAGCUGGACCUGGAGCUCAUAGGACGGAACUACUUUGAUCCAUACUCUGCCAGUCUUAUUAGAGAAUAUUUUAUAGAGAUAUGGCCGGGAUAUAUCACCUCCAUCAGGCAACAUGAGAAAAGUAUCCUAAUGUGCGCUGAAGUAACGAAUAAGAUUAUAAGAACGGAUACAGUUUAUGAGCAGAUGGGAAUUAUCUACAAUCGGCGACCGCCGAACUAUAGACAGGCAGUGGAGCGAGCUUUAUUGGGCUCAGUUGUAAUGACGAGGUAUAAUAAGAAAACGUAUAGAAUAGAUGGAAUAGACUGGACACUUAAUCCUGAUUCUAUAUUUGACUGUGGUGGCAGUAAUAAACCGUACUAUAGUUACUACCAGGAAAGAUACAAUUGUAUAAUCCGGGAUCAUGCCCAGCCUCUCCUAGUGAGCCGACCUAAAGAUAAGGAUAGACGAGGAGGUAGAUCUGGACCUAUACUUCUAAUCCCGGAGCUAUGCUUCAUGACCGGACUAACCGAUGAACAGAGAUCAGAUUUUAGACUCACUUCAUGUCUGUCAAAGUGGACUCGAAUGAUACCGACUGAGAGGGUUGGAACCUUGAUGAAACUCUCCGACAAGCUCCAUAAUGUGGAGGAGGUGAGGAAAGAGCUGGAAGCCUGGAACAUGAAGUUUGCUCCAAAGCUUCUUGAACUCAAAGGACGAAUAUUGCCCCCUGAGACGAUCACACUGAUAAACCGGACCUCGUACUGUAGUUCAGAGGCAGAUUGGACGAGAGAACUUCAGAAAGGACUCUUCAAUCCUGCACAGAUUAACCGCUGGAUAUUAAUGUAUCCUGAGCGGGAUGAAGAGAAAUGUCUUGGGUUUCUUGACACCAUGAGAAAGGUUGCUCCAGGUUUGGGAAUCAAUUUAGGAGAACCAAGAUUGAUUGUAUUGAACGGGAACCGAGCUGGAGAAUAUGUGAGAGAACUAACCAAAGUUAUUCAAGAUGGUCCAGAGAUGGUAAUGUGCGUAGUUCCCAAUGAUAAGGGAGAUCAGUAUGCAGCGAUUAAGAAGAAGUGUUGUGUAGAGCAGCCAGUGCCUAGUCAGGUUAUUACGGUGAAUCGGGUUCUGAACAAAGAGAAGGGAUAUCUUUAUAUGGCGACUAAGGUUGUGACUCAGAUGGCUUGUAAGAUCGGUGCUGAACCUUGGGCCUUGGAGAUCCCAUUUAAGGGGGCCAUGGUGGUUGGAUACUUCUCAACUGUCGACUUUCAUAGAGAUAGAACUGAGAUGUCGAACAAGAUUGGGGUGAUGUUUCUCCGAGCUUUAUGUAAAUAUAGAGAAGUUAAACAUUCUCUUCCCAGUAGAAUAUUUUUCUACAGGGACGGAGUAGGCGAGGGUCAGGUGUCCCACGUGAUCGAACACGAGGUGAACAGAUUAAAAGAAACAUUUAGAAAACUUUCUCCAGAUUAUGAUCCAAAAAUAACCUUUGUUAUAGUGAGUAAACGGAUCCAUACAAGGUUUCUCACCAAACAUGUAAACCCUGUAGACGGAGGAUUACCGGAUUAUGGGAAUCCUCCCAGCGGAACCAUAGUCGAUGAUGUUAUCACACUACCAGAGAGGUAUGAUUUCUUCCUGGUGUCCCAGUCCGUCCGACAGGGAACAGUCAACCCGACCAGUUAUAAUGUUAUCAUGGAUGAGACAGGGUUCAGACCUGACCAGUUGCAGCGGCUGACCUAUAAGCUGACCCAUCUAUACUUCAACUACUCAGGCUCAGUUCGUGUUCCAGCUCCUUGUCAAUACGCUCAUAAGCUCGCCUUCCUUACUGGAACAGCUCUUCACGCUGAACCUAGCGAACAUCUUUCAGAUCUUUUGUACUUUCUUUAGUUCAGAGAUAUUCUGUACUUUCUGUAGUUCAGAGAUAUUCUGUACUUUCUGUAGUUCAGAGAUAUUCUGUACUUUUUUUUAGUUCAGAGAUAUUCUGUACUUUCUUUAGUUCAGAGAUAUUCUGUACUUUCUGUAGUUCAGAGAUAUUUUGUACUUUCUUUAGUUCAGAGAUAUUCUGCACUUUCUUUAGUUCAGAGAUAUUCUGAACUUUAUUUAGUUCAGAGAUAUUCUGUACUUUAUUUAGUUCAGAGAUAUUUUUGUACUUUCUUUAGUUCAGAGAUAUUUUUGUACUUUCUUUAGUUCAGAGAUAUUUUUGUACUUUCUGUAGUUCAGAGAUAUUCUGUACUUUCUUUAGUUCAGAGAUAUUUUUGUACUUUCUGUAGUUCAGAGAUAUUUUGUUCUUUUUCAGUUUAUAGAUAGUUUCUCCGGUGCCCUGAGAAGUUAAAAAACAAUGAGUCUGCACUGUAUCUCUACUUCAUGACAUAUAAGACCAAGUAUUAAAAUGUUACCUGAAUUUCCUACAAAAUGUGUUAAAAGGUCUGUUCAAAAAGGAUUUUAUUUACUUUUUCUUCUGUUAUUUCUUAUAAAAUGCGUGUGACGAUUGGAUUAUUUCAACUGUAUUUUUUUAAAAUAAAUAAUAUAUUUUUUAAAUUAUUAAAAAUAAUCAUUUUU